UGGUGGAUGGUCAGGUUUUGCCCCGGCUGAAGGAUUCUGCUAUGCUACACACACAUCACUGAUGGUUGGAUUGUAACUGACAUUUGGAGCUAGACGAUAACACGCGACCUGCGAGGAAUCUUGGAUGUGCGUGUCAUUCUUUACCAGUGUUGUAAUUGGCGCAUUUCUUCUUUUUAGCCGGUUGUUUUUGCCAUCUCUGAGACUGGCUAGCAGGCACUGCAGCAUCAGGACCGCAACACCAUGAAUUGGUAGGGCAUGAGGACCCAGGGGCAACCCGAAGGAAGGGCUUGAGUGUUUCCAUUGCUACCAUUGCUGCUGAGGUGCUUAUCUUGAUUUUUUUUCCCAGAAAAGUGUGCCUGGUGGGGGCUGGGGUGGGUGGUGACAGCACAGGUACCUAGGCCCCUGCAGAGCAGAGCGGGUGGCUCUUGCGUAGAGGAGGUAGGCAGGACGUCCUGUGGAAAAGGGGGGAAGAAGGGCUGGCUCGAGCAUUGGGCUCCUGAUAGUGGCUAUUUUUGUCUCCUCUAGUUCAGUGAUUGGGACAGCGGGUGGAAGAGAAGAUGCUUAUGGCCCGAGACACAGCGCGGGAUGAAGCUCAAAAGCUACACAGGAAGUGGCUGAAGCACCAGGCCUUUAUGGCAGAACUGGCCCGCAAUAAAGAAUGGCUGGCCAAGAUAGAACAGGAAGGUCAGGAGCUGAUCCAGGAGAAACCUGAGCUCCGAUCAGUGGUGCAGCAGAAGCUGGAGGAGAUUAGGGAGUGCUGGUCUGACCUGGAGACCACGACCAAGGCCAAGGCCCGCCAGCUCUUUGAAAAUAACAAACCCGAGCCGGCGGUGAAGAGCUACUCAGACCUCGACAACCAGCUCUCCCACCUGGAGCAGCAGCCCCCCCAGCUGGAACAGGCGCACCACCUGCCAACCUUCAAUGAACAGCUCCAGAAAUUUCAGGCUAUGGAGUCUCAGAUAGGGGACUUUUACAAGGAUGUGGGAGAGCUUGGAAGCUUGCAGGGGCUCUGCCUACCCCAGCGAGGGCUGAUGGCAGGUGACAAGGAGGUCGGCGAGCAGUCAGGCGAAGUGGAGACCCGUAUAGUCCGCCUCAUCGAGCCCCUGAAGGAGCGACGCCGCAUCCUGCUGGCUUCCAAAGAGAUGCAUCAAGUCGCCCAGGACCUGGAAGAUGAGAUACUGUGGAUUCAGGAGAGGCUUCCUUUAGCUACUUGUAAGGAUUAUGGAAACAACCUCCAGAGCGUACAGCAGUAUAUCAAAAAGAACCAGGCGCUCCAGAGGGAGCUGACAGGGCGGCGGGCUCGUAUUGAGGAGGUUCUUGAUCGGGCAGCAAUCAUUGCUUCACUGAGAACUCCUGAGGUGGAAUUUGUACGUGAGGGGGCGGGACAUGUACGCCAGCUGUGGGAGGUGCUGCAGCUGGAGACGGAGAGGAGGUCUGUGUUGCUGGAAGCUGCGCUACAGUCUCAUCAGUACUACAGCGAAGCAGCUAAAGUGGAAUCCUGGCUGUCAGGACAGAAGCUCAACCUGGCCAGCGAAGAAAAAGGCACAGAUGAGGCGAGCACGCUACAACUUCUGAAGACCCACCUGGCUCUGGAGCAAACCGUGGAGACAUACGCAGAGACCGUAGGCAUGUUAUCUCAGCAAUGCCAACAUCUACUAGAACUAGGACACCCAGACAGUGAGCAGAUCACCAAGCAGCAGUCCCACAUAGACCGCCUCUAUGUGUCUCUGAAGGACAUGGUGGAACACAGAAAGACCAAGCUGGAGCAGCAGUACUGGCUGUACCAGCUCAACAAGGAAGUAGAGGAGUUAGAGAAGUGGAUCACUGAGCGUGAGGCAGUAGCCAGUUCCACUGAUCUAGGCCAGGACCUCGAGGAUGUCACGGUCCUUCAGGAGAGGUUCACCAAGUUUGCAUCAGAAACCAACAGCAUUGGCCAGCAGCGCAUGGAGCAAGUGAACAAAAUGGUGAACGAGAUGAUAGACUGUGGCCACUCAGACGCGGCCACUAUUGCUGAGUGGAAAGACGGACUGAAUGAGUCGUGGGCUGACCUGCUGGAGCUGAUGGAGACCCGCAGACAAAUGCUAGCAGCAUCGCACCAGCUGCACAAGUUUUUCACCGACUGCAAGGAGGUCUUGGCUCAGAUCGCAGGGAAGAUGAAGCAGCUGCCAGAAGUGAGGGCGUGCCAAGCCAACAUUACCAAUCCAGCCACCCUGCAGAGACUCAUGCACUCUUUUGAGCAUGCCCUUCAACUGCUAGUUGCACAGGUGAGGCAGCUGCAGGAGAAUGCUGCCCAGCUGAGGACCAUCUAUGCUGGUGAGAAGGCUGAGGCUAUUAUGGUCAAGGAACAAGAAGUGAUGGAUGCAUGGAAGGAGCUGCUGAGCUCUUGUGAGGCCAGUCGUGUCCAAGUGACUUCAGUAACUGAUAAGGUCCAGUUCUUCUCAGUGGUGCGUGAAAACCUAAUGUGGAUGGAAGGAAUCAUGGGCCAGAUAGGAUGGGAUGAGCCAAGAGAUCUGAUAGCUCUGGAGGGAAUGAUGAGACAACACCAGGAGCUGAAAGCCAAAAUAGAUGGACGCAGCAAGACCAUACAGCAGUGUGCAGAUCUCGGCAAGAUCCUGAUUGCUGCUGGCAACCCUGCUUCAGAGGAGAUAAAAGAGAAGUUGGACAGUCUUCUGACUAAGCAGAAGGAUCUUGUUGAAAAAUGGGACAAACACCAGGAACGGCUGCAGCGCAAGCAAGAAAAAUUCCAGUUUGCUCAGGAGACAGUAAAAGCAGAAGCCUGGCUAAAGGCCAAGGAGCCGCUGAUCACUACCAGGCAUCAAGAGGGAGGAGUAGCCCAAGCCCAAACUGAUGAGGUUGAGCAGCUCAUCCUUCGCCACGAGGCCUUCCGCAAGGCUGCUGUAACCUGGAAAGAACGCUUCAGCUCCCUGCGCCAGCUUUCUGCUGCUGAGAAGAAAAAAGAGGAGGAGAAAAGGACCCCACUCUCCAGCCGAAGGAUGUUCCCAUUAUCUUGCCUGACUCCCAGUGUUCCCUCAACCAGUGCUACCUCUUCUUUCCUAAGGCAGACGGUACAGGCCCAAAUUGAACCGAAGCCCUUGCAGCCCAGUUUGGAUCUGGGUGCCACCUCUGCAAGCCAGAGACUGUCUUCAGCACUGGCCGGCUAUAGUCCAGUUAUAAAUGGAUCAGGCUACCACGGACUGGAUCAGGGCAGCGGGAAGUUGAUGGGUACUUCUUACCUUGGGAUGAACCACCAGGCAGCCGGAGGUGGGAGUGACUCUGGUUUCUCAGCACUGACCUCUCAGAGUGGUGGAGUAGACACCUCCACCUAUCUCGGUUUGAACCAUCAAACUGCUUGUAGUGCAGAAAGCUCUGGGUACUUUGGACUAACUACUGGGAGCAUGGCUGGGAUGCAGAAUCAUCUGGGCAGUGGCAGGUUAGGAAGUUCAGGUAACCUAGCUCAGCAGCCAGGCAGUGGAGGUAUGGGAAGCCCAGGCUUUCUGUCUCAGCAGAAUAUGGGCAGUUCUGGAUAUCUGGCGCAUCCGCAAAACAUAGGGACUUCCGGAUAUUUGGGACAGCAGCCAAAUUUAGGGAGUUCAGGAUAUUUGGCACAACCGUCCAACAUGGGGAGCUCUGGGUAUUUGGCACAACAGCCCAAUAUGGGAAGUUCUGGGUUUUUGGCACAGCAGUCUAAUAUGGGGAGUUCUGGAUACCUGGCACAGAAUUAUCAGAGCGCUGGCGGAUUGGGUAGCUCAGGCUAUCUGGCACAAAAUCAUUACAGCAGUGGAAGCCUGGGCAGCUCUGGAUAUCUGGCACAGAGUGGUGGCAUCAUGGACCCUAAAAUGGCAUAUGCAUGGCAGCACCUGAAAGCUGACUUCAUGCAGCCUAGAAUCAACCACAUCCACAAGGCUGUAAACCCUCUUCUCGAAGCCAGCCGAGUGCAGCGUGAACAGUUUGGCGACAUCCCGAUGGCAGACAUGAUGGGGCCAGAGUCAGGGCUGGAGCUCCUCCAUGGCCGCCUCCAGAGAGAUCCCCGUGGCAGCCGCUCUGACCCUCAGAUGGACCAUCUGAGGAGAGAAAGGGAGUACAAGCUGGGCAGACAGACCUCCAGCGAGCAGGAAAUUCAAGCGAGGCUGAAUGAGCUGCCGCUGAUUGUGCGGCAAGAGCGUUACCGGAGGCGCCUGGAGAGGCAGUCGUCUAGUGAACAGGAGGGGAGCGGCAAGCAGAGGCUGCAGAGGCAGGACUCGAGUGACCUGGAGGGCUCUGCUAAGGAGGGCUCUGACAAACGCUCAGGGGAGAAGAGAAAUACCAUGGCAGAGAUUGUAGAGCAGGUCCAGGAGAGAGAGGCAGCACAUGCACGAGGAGAGCCUUAUCGACCUCCUAGCAGCCUCUCAGCACCCGUGACCCGCUUUGAUGGACGUCCUCGCGCCCGAGACCGUCCCAAACCAAGGAGAAGGCCCCGUCCAAAAGAGCCCGAGGAGACUCGACGAUCCCGCUCAGCCCCGGCAACUGGAGCCCCAACAACACCCCAGCCUCCUUCACACACUGCCCACAACGAAGGUUCCCUCUACCGGAAAAAGGCCACCAGCGCUGACCUUGAAGCUCAGCAGAGAAGCCCAAACAGCAAGUCCUGGGUGAACGUAUAUUGUGUGCUGAAAGAUGGACAGCUGAUCUUCUAUAAGGAUGCCAGGAACCACAACACAACAUACAACGGAGAGCCUCCUGUUGACCUUAGUAGCUGCUCGUUUGAUCCGUCGAUGGGAUACAAGAAGAAGAAAAAUGUCUUCAUCCUUCAAGUGAACGAUGGAAACUACUUCGUGUUUCAUGCAAAAGAUGAGGAGGACCUAAAGGCAUGGACUUCCACUAUCACCACCUGUAUAGCUGAGCACGAGGCCCUGGGCAAGUGGGAUAAGCCAGGCACCUCAUCUAUGGAUCCUGACCGCUCCGAGAGGAAGGAGAAGUCGGAGGGAGAUGCAGACGCCAGGUCAGAGAGGUCCGAGCUUGUAGAGGGGGAGGAGAGGUCUGAGAAGGAGAGAUCAGAGAAAGGCGACGGCUCUGAGAAGUUAGACACAUCUGAAAUUGCUGACAAGCUGGAGGGUGGGGCGGGGGGCUCCAGCACGUCUGGAAAGAGCAAAUGAGAAGCCCUUUUUUGUUUUACUGCUACUCACUGACAAACAGCAUAGGAGGCAGGGAUGGAUGGAGAGCAUGUGCAGUUAGGUUUGCAGGUCCUCGGUCACACAGCUGGAACACACCGAGGCCACGGUCCUUUGAUUGACUAUUGUAACUGUGACAGACUAAUCUCUCAGCCUCUCCCCCUUCACCCAGGAAAUACAUCAGUGCUUGCGGUGGGCCACCUGCUGGUAGAUAGGAGGCCGGCCGGGUGGACAAACAAGCAGACAGACUCCAACAAAUGGUCCCAAGAAUUAGUCACUGUCACUUCCUAUUGUUGAUCGUUUAAUCUCUCGGAUUCACAGCAUCUUUGUUUAUGUAUCUUUGACUGAUAAUGUAAUGCUCUGUCUAUCUAGACAAACCUGAGAAGUGGCGAAUGAAAUGUUUCUCAAUAGUAAAAAAAAAGAAAAAUGUUUUUGAAGCAAUAUACUUUUUUAUGUUUCCUCUUUGUCGGUGAGAGAAAUGGGGGAAAGGAAAUAAGAAGUAAUGUAGAAGCAGCUGUAAAUUCUCUCAUUUUUUGGUCACCUCCACGUAAGCUUACUCCAGGCAGUUGUGCACCUUAAACACUCGACACAUCUGUAUACUAAUCAUAGUGACAUUUAAUCCCAACACAUGGCUAGCUUUGACUCAUGUUAAUAUAACGGAAUGCUUGUGUUACCGACUGACUUCACUGGUGUCACUUCCACAGUUCUUUUCUUUUCACUUCUUCUGAUUCUCAUUAUGAUUUAUCUGUAACGAUCCGUGUCCAGAGAAGAGCAUCCCUUCAAAUUCUGAUCCAUCACCCCCAAGGCAUGUUCAAAGCGGCAACGCUCAAAGUAACACUAAGCCUGAGACGAUGCCUUUGUGUACAUGACAAAAAAAUCAGAACAUUGCAUGAAAUAGUCUUAGUGCACCUGUUAAACUUGCCUUUAUUUCUGUGUUCUUGGCAUAAAUCAGGCAGCACUGAAAUCGCAAUAAUCUAACGUGAGCGGGUGGGUGGGUUGUAUUUGCUGUCAUAGACGACUUCUCCAAAUCCAGAGGGUUGUUUGAAAAAGCAGAGUUGUGUUCUCUCUGCGGUAAGCAUGAGAGGAAGAAGCCAAAUGGCCCUGCUGCUGUUUGUACUGUAUCACUGCUAUUUCUUUUCCACAGAAUGUACUGAUUU